AUGAUGCAGCCUGCAGCUUUGUGUUUAGCUGGAUUCUUCAUGGCCUUUCUUCUCUUACAGAUCACCAUACACACCCAAGCUAUGAGCUUAGAUAUACAGAUUAACAUUCAGGUUCCAGAUGCAGAAGGGGUACUGGUGGAGUGUACUUCAGGAAGUUUGAUCCCACCUGCUGAGAUGACAUGGAGAGACAGCAAGGGGAAUGUAAUUCCACACUCACCAAAAUUUGACUCUCAGGAUGGAUUAUUGUACUUGAAGAGCAGUAUUCUUCUGAAGAACAGAACACAUGGUCCAAUUACUUGUUCCAUUUACAAUGUAACUACUAAUCAAGAGAAAAAGAGAAGCAUUGUCCUCUCAGAUGUCCUCUUCAAACCAGAGUAUAUGUCAUUGAUGUCAAACAGACCUCCAUGUCCUGUAAUAUAUUUAAGCAUUAUAUUUGUUCUUCAUUGUCUCAGAGGAAUACUUGUUUUUUGUUAUCUCGGAUGGAGAAAAAAAAAAGGAAAUGGUAAAGACCUCCUAAAUCUUCUUACUGACUCUUUUCCAGGUCCGAAUAAAAUGAAGCUUUGCUAUGAGUUUAUGUGGGAGUGUCUACCAUUAGUUUUGUAUAUUGGCUUCCUCCCUCUCUAUUUGAAUUUCAGGAGCAGAGCUUCUAUUUUGGACAAUGCAUACCCACUGUACAGUAAUUGGCUGUGGGAUGUAUGCAUAAUCUUGGCUGUGAUGAUGGUAUUUUUCACUGGACUCAUUUUGCUUCUACUUGGGACCCUAAACCAUAAGUAA